AGCAGCUUCAGCCAAGCGAAUCGGUAGCACGACUGUUUCUUCGCGUCAUGACCUCCAUGGCUUUUGCCCGCGGCACGCAGAUGUAUCAGGUGAUGUCUCCAAACAUGCCUGGCCUGAUUCAGAAGAACAUGUGCAACGUGGGGCAGGUCAAUUUGCCGAAUUGCCACGGCGUGGAUUUCUGCUCCAUGGACAUGAAUGUCCACGCGAAUUUGCCCGUGGCACCAAUGAACAAUGGCAUGACCCCCAUGGCCGUUCUUAUGGAUCCGCAGGGCAACAUCAUUACGACGAUGAGCAUGCCCAUGUAUCCCAUGAACAUGACCCCGAGCCAGUGCGAUGGCUCUGCGUGGAACCAGCAGAGGGCCUGGUCCGAGUAUGACUGCCGCAACUGGAGCACCGAGUCUGAAACCUUCGAGACCAUUCCCGAGACUAAGCCCAAAGAUGACUUGCUGAAGCUGUCGUUGGAUCGCAUGGGCUGCUGGAAAGUUCAAGCGAUGAUCCCAAAGUUUACAAACACCGAGCUCGAGGACCUGGCAAAGCAGCUGAAAGGCCAUGUGCGCGAGCUCAUUGAGAGCCCCCAUGGAAACCACGUCAUGCAGAAGUUCAUCGAGUACGCCUCGCCGCAACGCUUGGGCUUCGUACUGCGGGAGCUGAGCGCGUGGGCGCCGGCGCAUUUCUUGGCACAGCACCGCUACGCCUGCCGCGUGUUGGAGCGGAUCCUGGAGCACUUCCCUGAGGAGCCCAUCGCCGGCAUGUUGAAGAGCCUCGUGGACCACACGGAGGAGCUGAUGGUGCACCGCUACGGCAACUAUGUGAUCCGCGUGUUGGCGGAGCAAGGCCCAGAGCAGGCCAAGGCGGCGGUGCACCACACACUGCGCAAGCACCUGGUGCGCUUGGCCAGGAACGACAAGGGCUGCACCCUGGUGGAUGUUCUGUUGAGCUAUGGGAAGGUGAAUGAGCAGAAGCCGAUUGUCCAAGAGCUGAUCAAGGUGAAGGGCUUGGUGCCCUCAAUGCAGCGUUUCCACGGCGCCACUGAUGCGCUGUGGCGUAUUCUUCAGAUCGCCCAGGAGAUGCCGGCUGCGAAUCUGCUCUUGCAGCGUCAGAUGGACGUAUGGUGCCGCAAAUGGCAGCAGCAGUGAGCGUGUGUUGUCUGGACCGCGCCGCGCCAGGGUUGCAGGCUCGCAGUUGCACCUUGUUGCUUCUGCCAAGGCAUGUCGAUGUGUCCUUGAGAUCUUAAGCCAGAGUAAAGCAUCAGGACGACUUUUCGGCUUAUCCGAUCUUGGGUUUAUCCGUGACAUCUACA